AUGUCUUUCAUUUCAUUUGAAGAAUUUCCUUCAUCAGUUCAUCAGUCAAAUGGACGCAGCAAGCAAUUUCUUAUAUGUUCCUACAAAGUAUCUGAUUUAAUGGGUGGUUGUUGCAUUCAUCUCAAAACCUAUACGGUGAAUUGUCUUCACACCUUGCUAGCAGACCUCAAUGCCGAAGCCGACAGCGAUCCACACUUGCCCCCGUCCUCAUGCCAUCAGGUCAACAAUUUCCGCUUUCACACCCGUACAUUUCUCGGAAGUCAACUCCAGAUUAGUCUCUGUGCAUUACCUGGUUCCCGGAAAAUAUGGAAGUGA